GGGUUAGUUUCAGUUUCAGUUUCAGAAAUUCAAGAAUUUAAUUUGACUUAUAGGCUAGGUAGGACUGAGAAAAUGUAGCUCUAUAGUAAAGUAGGCUAUAAUUUGAAGGCAACUUGAAAAUACUUUUACAAAUUGGCGCCGUGGCAGCACAGGAACAAAGUUAGGACACUUUUGAGCUCGAGAGAGGGAGUUGCUGCGGUUGCAAAGUCAUAUCUGUAGCGUACUUUGAAAAUGCUAAAUGUAUGGUCGAGGUAAAAAUGGAGACCACGAAGAGGAACACCACUUGAAAGUUAAUGUGAGUUCUAAACGCCAUUGUCAGCGUUGUGUAUUUGUACAAAGUUAAUGAUUUACUGUAUUAUUUUCACUCAAACGUCACAUGUCCUUGUAUUCCAUUGUCGUGAGAAAGACACGGCGCCAGGACUCGUUCUGUACAAACGAAUACUACCUCUGCAUUGUCAGCCAUUGUAAGGUAGUUUUUUGUAUAUGUUAUUUUAUUAUUUACAUGGGUAAAUACUUGAUAUUGGUUUGGGAUUAAUCUAGUUAUAUGCUGUCGUGAUUCGUCCAGUGUUCUUCAGGGUAUGGUAAUGUUGAAUAACAUUUGGGAAGUUUACAAUAGGUUUGCCAGUUUAAUUGUGUGGUUUCUGUGAUACAUUGGAAUAAUCUUAAAACUGUUUGCAAUUGCUGUAGACCUAUGACAAUUUUGCCUAAUGUGAAUACAAAGAUAUUAGACCUGCAACGUAAUACACAUUUAAUGCAGUACAGUCAAUAUGUCAAGUUGUCAACUGAAUUAUUUGCAUAUUACUCUGACAUAAAACAGUAUGUUAGCCAAACUACACUGAACAAAAAUAUAAAGUGUUGGUCCCAUGUUUCAUGAGCUGAAAUUAAAGAGCCCAGAAAUGUUCCAUAUGCACUAAGAUGCACACAUUUGUUUACAUCCCUGUUAGUGGGCGGCAGGUAUCCUAGGGGUUAAGAGCAUUGCGCUAGCAACCGAAAGAUUGCUGGUUCGAAUCCCUGAGCCAACUAGGGGAAAAAUCUGUUGAUGUGACGUUGAGCAAGGCACUGAAUCCUAAUAGUGCCUUUAAAUCGCUCCAGAGCGUCUACCAAAAUGUUAGUGAGCGUUUCUCCUUUGCCAAGAUAAUCCAUCCACCUGACAGGUGUGGCAUAUCAAGAAGCUGAUUAAACAGCAUGAUCAUUACACAGGUGCACCUUGUGCUGGGGACAAUAAAAGGCCACUCUAAAAUGUGCCUCUGAAGUUUUGAGGAAGUGUGCAAUUGGCAUGCUGACAGCAGGAAUGUCCACCAGAGCUGAAUUGAAUGUUCAUUUCUCUACCAUAAGCAACGUCGUUUUAGAAAAUUUGGCAGUACUUCCAACUGGCAUCACAACUGCAGACCACACCAGCCAAGGACCUCCACAUGUGGCUUUUUCACCUGCGGGAGCGUCUGAGACCAGCCACCCGGACAGCUGAUGAAACUGGGUUUGUACAACUGUAGGAUAUCUACACAAACUGUCAGAAAUCGUCUCAGGGAAGCUCAUCUGCAUGCUCGUCGUCCUCACCAGGGUCUUGACCUGACUGCAGUUGGCAAAUGCUCACCUUCGAUGGCCACUGGCACGCUGGAGAAGUGUGCUCUUCACAGAUGAAUCACGGUUUCAAAUGUACCGGGUUGAUGGCAGACAUGUGGGCGAGCGGUUUGCUGAUGUCAACAUUGUGAACAGAGUGCCCCAUGGUGCCGGUGGGGUUAUGGUAUGGGCAGGCAUUUAUUUAUUUAUUUUACCUUUAUUUAACUAGGCAAGUCAGUUAAGGACAAAUUCUUAUUUACAAUGACGGCCUACACCGGCCAAACCCAGACAACACUGGGCCAAUUGUGCGCCGCCCUAUGGGACUCCCAAUCACGGCCAGUUGUGAUACAGCCUGGAAUCGAACCAGGGGGUCUGUAGUGACGCCUCAAGCACUGAGACGCAGUGCCUUAGACCACUGCGCCACUCGGGAGGCAUAAACUACUGACAAUGAACACAAUUGCAUUUUAUCGAUGGCAAUUUGAAUGCGCAGAUAUACUGUGAUGAAAUCCUGAUGCCCAUUGUCGUGGCAUUCAUGCGCCGCCAUCACCUCAUGUUUCAGCAUGAUAAUGCACGGCUCCAUGUCGCAAGGAUCUGUACACAAAUGUCCCAGUUUUUACAUGGCCUGCAUACUCACCAGACAUGUCGCCCAUUGAGCAUGUUUGGAAUGCUCUGGAUCGACGUGUACAACAGCGUCCUCCAGUUCCCGCCAAUAUCCAGCAACUUCGCACAGCCAUUGAAGAAGAGUGGGACAACAUUCCACAGGUCACAAUCAACAGCCUGAUCAACUCUAUGCGAAGGAGAUCUGUCGCGCGGCAUGAGGCGAAUUGUGGUCACACCAGAUACUGACUGGUUUUCGGAUACACGCCCCUACAUAUCUGUAUUCCCAGUCUUGUGAAAUCCAUAAAUUAGUGCCUAAUGAAUUUAUUUCAAUUGACUGAUUUCCUUAUGUGAACUGUAAAAUAUUUGAAAUUGUUGCAUAUUGCAUUUAUACAGUGCCGUGAAAAAGUAUUUGCCCCCUUUCUGAUUUUCUCUAUUUUUGCAUAUUGUUGAUACUGAAUGUUAUCAGAUCUUCAAGCAAAACCUAAUACUAGAUAAAGGGAACCUGAGUUUACAAAUAACAAAAAAAAAUGAUACUUAAUUAACAAAGUUAUGCAACACCCAAUUCCCAUGUGUGAAUAAGUAAUUGCCCCCUUACAUUCAAUAACUGGUUGUGCCACCUUUAGCUGCAAUGACCAAAUGCUUCCUGUAGUUGUUGAUCAGUCUCUCACAUCGCUGUGGAGUAAUUUUGGCCCACUCUUGCAUGCAAAACUGCUUUAACUCAGCGACAUUUGUGGGUUUUCAAGCAUGAACUGCUCGUUUCACGUCCUACCACAACAUCUCAAUUGGGAUUAGGUCUGAACUUUGACUAGGCCAUUCCAAAACUUCAAAUAUGUUGCUUUUUAGCAAUUUUUUGCUUGACCCAGCUGCACUUCAGCUUCAGCUCACAGACGGAUGGUCUGACAUUCUCCUGUAGAAUUCUAUGAUACAGAGCAGAAUUCAUGGUUCCUUCUAUUAAGGUAAGUCGUCCAGGUCCCGAGGCAGUAAAGCAUCCCCAAACCAUCACACUACCACCACCAUGCUUGACCGUUGGUAUGAGGUUCUUACUGUGGAAUGCAGUGUUUGGUUUUCGCCAGGUAUAAUGGGAGAACUGCUGCCCAAAAAGUUGUCUCAGGUUUGCCAAAAAGCACCGGGAAGCACCUGGAUGAUCAUCAAGAAGAAUGUUCUAUGGACAGAUUAUUCAAAAGUAUAAUUUGGGGGACUAUUUUUGUUCAGAGUAUUUGCAUUACAUUGUCUUGAAUUUAACAAAAGUCUCUCUCUGUUCAAUCCAGGCAACAGUUUCAACAUGAAAAAUAGGUCAUAACCCUCCCAUGCUGAACAGCUGCACAGGACAAGCACAGACUGACGGUAGUAGAGGAUGGACCAGGCCUUUCCCAGCCUCCAGACCCCAGCCUCGGGUCCAUUUGAACCCGACCCAGGAGAGCUCCAGCUCAGAGUGGACUUCUUCAGAAAGUUGGGCUACUCCCCCAUGGAGGUACGGGCCGCCCUGCUGAAGCUAGGCCUGAGUACAGACACCAACUCUGUACUGGGGGAGCUGGUCAGCAGCGGAGCCAGCACUGGUACUUCUAACUCAACCAUCCCUGAGAGUGGUGAAGAUACUACUGGCCCCAUAAGCCACACAGGCUCCAGCAUGGCCUCCUCUAGGACCCAUGGCCCCCAGAGAGACAGACCAGUCUCAUUACUGGAAGACAGGAGGGACACAGACAGUGGACUGAAACCUAUCGUCAUUGACGGCAGCAAUGUGGCCAUGAGGUGAGCGAGUCGAGAAGAGAAGUGAUUUUUUUUUGUAAUGUUUGUAAGAGCUAGCAUUCAAUGUAAGUGUUUCAAUGAGUUCAGCUGUGUGCGUGCCCUCGUGUAUGUCAUGGUGAUGACAGUCCUGCACUGUAAGAGUUAAGGUGUUAUUAUGGUUGAGAAAUUAGAUGAAGCGGAUGUACUGUAUUAUCCUAAUGCCCCAUGUUGCUAAAAAUACCUGUAAAAGUACAGGUGUACAACUACUCAUUAUCAGCUGUUGAACUACCUGCAACACAAGAACCACAAGUUCUUCUCAUACACCUUAAUGUAAUUUUCUCAGCUGGGUUUGAAGAGGUAGUUAGCCAUGCCUGUGCAUGCCUUUGCAAAGGUUAAUGCUGCACAAUAUGCAAAUCUCCAACACAAGUCUCUGCCUCCUACUGGCUCCCAGUGAUAGCUAUGUGUCAAGGUGGUGUUUAUAUUGUGAGGAUAGAGUUCAUAUUGAACAGUAUCUCCCGAGUGACGCAGUGGUCUAAGGCACUGCAUCGCAGUGCUAGCUGUGUCACUAGAGAUCCUGGUUUGAAUCCAGGCUCUGUCGUAGCUGGCCGUGACCGGGAGACCCAUGGGGAGGCGCACAAUUGGCCCAGUGUCGUCCAGGGUAGGGGAGGGAAUGGCCGGCAGGGAUGUAGCUCAGUUGGUAGAGCAUGGCGUUUGCAACGCCAGGGUUGUGGGUUCGCUUCCCACGGUGUGCCAGUAUGAAAAAUAAAUAUAAUAAUGUAUGCACUAACUGUAAGUCGCUCUGGAUAAGAAUGUCUGCUAAAUGACAAAAAUGUAACAGGCCAGACGACAUUGUCACUCAGUCUUAUUAUGUCUUCUUAGUUCAAGUAUUUGCAUAUACGACCAUUUUUUAUUGUCUGCUCCUUAUUACAUGGAUGGAUCCAAGCCAACAUUUUAGAACUUCUUGAUUACAGUUUGAUUACCUAGCUAUUUGAGUGUUUUGUUUGGACUUGAUUCAAUUCAUAAACCAAUAAGGAAACACAAUCCACGUGGACACUACCAGUCAAAAGUUUGGACACACCUACUCAUUUAAGGGUUUUUCUUAAUUUUUACUAAUUUCUACAUUGUAGAAUAAUAGUGAAGACAUCAAAACUAUGAAAUAACACAUAUGGAAUCAUGAAUUAACCCAAAAAGUGUUAAACAAAUCAAAAAAUAUUUGAGAUUCUUCAAAUAGCCACCCUUUGCCUUGAUGACAGCUUUGCACACUCUUGGCAUUCUCUCAACCAGCUUCACCUGGAAUGCUUUUCCAAAAGUCUUGAAGGAGUUCCCACAUAUGCUGAGCACUUGUUGGCUGCUUUUCCUUCACUCUGCAGUCCGACUCAUCCCAAACCAUCUCAGUUGGGUUGAGGUCGGGUGAUUGUGGAGGCCAGGUCAUCUGAUGCAGCACUCCAUCACUCUCCUUGGUAAAAUAGCCCUUACACAGCUUUGAGGUGUGUUGGGUCAUUGUCCUGUUGAAAAACAAAUGAUAGUCCCACUAAGCCCAAACCAGAUGGGAUGGCGUAUCGCUGCAGAAUGCUGUGGUAGCCAUGCUGAUUAAGUGUGAAUUCGAAAUAAAUCACAGCCAGUGUCACCAGCAAAGCACCCCCAUACCAUAACACCUCCUCCUCCAUGCUUUACGGUGGGAAAUACACAUGCAGAGAUCAUCCGUUCACCCACACCGCGUCUCACAAAGCCACGGCGGUUGGAACCAAAAAUCUCAAAUUUGGACUCCAGACCAAAGGACACAUUUCCACCGGUCUAAUGUCUAUUGCUUGUGUUUCUUGGCGCAAGUCUCUUAUUCUUAUUGGUGUCCUUUAGUAGUGGUUUCUUUGCAGCAAUUCGACCAUGAAGGCCUGAUUCACACAGUCUCCUCUGAACAGUUGAUGUUGAGAUGUGUCUGUACUUGAACUCUGUGAAGCAUUUAUUUGGGCUGCAAUUUCUGAGGCUGGUAACUCUAAUGAAUGUAUCUUCUGCAGCAGAGGUAACUCUGGGUCUUCCACUCAUGUGGUGGUCCUCAUGAGAGCCAUUUUCAUCAAAGCGCUUGAUGGUUUUUGCAACUGCACUUGAAGAAACUUUCAAAGUUCUUGAAAUGUUCCAUGUUAACUGACCUUCAUGUCUUAAAGUAAUGAUGGACUGUCGUUUCUCUUUUCUUAUUUGAGCUGUUCUUGCCAUAAUAUGGACUUGGUCUUUUACCAAAAAGGGCUAUCUUCUGUAUAUCCUACCUUGUCACUACACAACUGAUUGGCUCAAACGCAUUAAGAAGGAAAGAAAUUCCACAAAUUAACUUUUAAGAAGGCACACCUGUUAAUUGAAAUGCAUUCCAGGUGACUACCUCAUGAAGCUGGUUGAGAGAAUGCCAAGAGUGUGCAAAGCUGUCAUCUAGGCAAAGGGUGGCUAUUUGAAGAAUCUCAAAUAUAUUGCGCCAGUAAACGGAAGAUCGCUGGUUCAAAUCCCUAAGCCGACUGGGUGAAAAAUCUGUUGAUGUUCCCUUGAGCGAGGCACUUGACCCUAAUUGCUCUGGAUAAGAGCGUCUGCUAAAUUACUAAAAAAUGUAGGUUGUCCAAAACAAUUUUUUUCACCAAUUGGUAAAAUACUAUGUUACUUGUGUAGAUACUCCUUUAAAAAAACAAUGGUCCAAACCCCAUGAAUCUAUAAUAAUCCAUUCAGUUUUAUAUCCUUGUAGGAUGGCCAAGAUAAAAAAAAAGUGGUACAAAAUCUGGAAAAUAGCAUUGCGUCAGCUAGGUUGGAUGCUGUGCGAGAAUUAAUGCAAACUGACAGGCUCAAUGUUGAACUCGUCAUCUUUCUUCGCGAAUCCGGAGAACAUAAAACAAUAUAGAGGUAAGAUAGAUAUCGGUUUUGAGACAUGACAUGUAGUAUUUUUAUAUUUUAGUAUACACUUUUCAUAUUGAUGCGAAAGUCCUGUUGUUUUUCAAAGAUUUCUCAGAAAAACAAGCGUAUUUUUGUGAAAUGUCAACAUUGCACUGAGCGGAGGCCUACCGCAAGCGUUCUAUUAUCAAAGCCUUUUACAUUUAAUUCAACUCGUGUCAUGUUAAUUUUGCUUUUUGCGACCCACAGAAACAACUUUGCAGAAGACCACCACAACAUGUAAAAUCCUAAAAAAAUCGCUGCAAGAAGCGGCAACGCUCUCUGUCAACAGAGCUCUGUGCUUAUUAUUGGAUAUAUUAGGUUACGAAAUCUGACUUUGGGCGGGGCUAACGCGAAUCUAGUCUGAUCCAUUGCUUUGGUCUGAAGUAGAGUAGGCCAACCUGGAUAGAGACAAUGGAGGAUCUCCGUGAACUUUCCAGGGAGUUGGUUAGAGACAUUUUAAACUUAGCAGAGGAUGUAGAAGCAGGACCUGCUGACAUUAUCCGGAAUUGAUUUGUCUUGGCUUGAUGCAGAGGGUAACCAAUCAGGCGUUAGGUUCCGCCUACCAACUUUUGAUGGGUCAGUUUGACAGUUUUAAGUAAUUCAGGAAGCACUCCAACGCAGGACCAUGAAAUGUAAAUGUAAAUAGUGAAAUUAUUAUAUAUGUAUUUUACAUAAAAUGAAUCGGUAUUUGAAUUAAUUAAUGACACAUUUAAUAACACAUUUAUGUAUUUAAUUCUAAUUUUAAUUAAUUAAUGACACAUUUAAGUAAUUAUUUAAUGGUGUAUUUAUUUAUUUAAUUGUGGCACUUUUAGUCCUCCAUAGACUUUUAGGAUAUAAUGUUAAUGAUAUGUUAGAGAAAGCCCAACUGAAUGAUUUAGAACAUGAAGAAUCAUAUUUGUCUUGGUAAAAUUUAUUUUAUAACAUAAGGAAGUGAAAUUUCAUCACCGAAGCUAGUUUUCACCUACUCACCCUACCAUGUGAUGUUUUUAUGUUUUGCCGAAGUUAUAUUUUUUAAAUCUGUGUUUUGUCCAAUGACGUUCAAAGGUCUCUUUGCAGGUGUUAUUUAGCACUGAUAUACGUAAAAUAGGACCUUGUUGUACAGUAUAGCUGUCAUUCUGUCAUAUGUUAUUAUCUUUUAUACAACGGGUGGGUCUAAUCCUGAAUGCUGAUUGGUUAAAACCGCAUUCCAGCCAGUAUCUAUUCCACAAGUUGCCACCGGCUAAAUCUAUGACGUUAAAAUGCCUAUUUACUCUGUUCCAUCUGACUGUGCUAAUAAUAACUAAUAAACUUGAUCUCCACUAUAAAAAGCAUCUAGACAUUAUCUCACAUUUCUUUUAGACUAACAUUUUGUUUUCAACAGCAGAGAUUUGUAUAAACCUUGUUGUCUGUCUCUCCGACAUUUGCAACAUUGUUUCAAUAUUGAAAUUCGAUCUCCAGCUGUCCCAUAGAACGUGUCAGGAGUCGGGUCGAGACAGACAGACAGACAGACAGGCAGGCAGCAUUUCUCAGCCAGUCGAAAUCAUGAAUCAGCUGGCAUAAUUUUUAUGGUUAUAUACAAAAAAAAUUCAAUUGAAAAAAGGUUAAACGAAACACAGCUAAUUUGCAGUCUUUCCAGCUUCAGUUUGAAGUGAUUGUGUUACUGUAGCUGUGUUGUUGGCAAGCUCCUCUGAACAACAGUGUCCUGACGAGUGAGCACAUUUUCUAUGCGAGGUGAAAUUGCGCCUCUUUAGCUCAUUGUUAUGGGUGUAUCCAAAUAAAUGUCAUUAGAAAACAGCUUAAACAAAUGCAAAUGCAAAUGCUGUUAUUCUGGCUGCACUUUUUGACGUGACUGUAAAUUAGCCGUAGUUGGCUAGAUAGCAAGCAAGGGAUAAGAAUGUUUAGAAGGAACAAAAGGACUGACCAACUGGGUCACGUCUCUAGCAACCCUAGAUUUGUGUCUGGACUAUAUCUUGUGGAUGGAUGAAAUAGUACGAAUAAAUUAAUCAAAAUAACGUUUUUAAUGAAAAUAUGUCAAUCAUUAUAUGAAUAUGUUGGUAACCCAUUGUAUAAAAGUGAUAAUGCCCUCGAAGCCGGUGUUUGGAGGAUAUAUUGGCACGGUUUUGGCACGGUAACACCCGUGCCAAUUUAUCCUCCUAACACCGGCUUCUCUGGCAUUAUCACUUAAAUAACAGCUACUUUACUUUAAUGAUGUCGUGCUACUUUACUCCUCAGAAAGAGUACUGUUUGAGCUGCAUGCCUGUGUUCCUGCAUUUUUUUUACUAUGCAAACCUUGUCAUUCGCUUGCAUUGCCACUGUGAAGUGAAUGCAUUGUAGACAGAGGAGGAAUUAUUUGAUCAAAUUAACUUUGCUCUACCAUUUAACAAUGAAACAAUCAGACAUAGACAUAAAACUGCUCCUUCACCUCUCUCCUUCCUUUAAAUCUGCCCUCUUCACUAGAAAUGUUUGUUGAUUCAUCGAAAGUAAUUAUUUAUCCCAUUUCCUGCUCUCUGUCUCCCUUCCAGUCAUGGUAACAAGGAAGUGUUCUCCUGUAGAGGAAUUGAGUUGGCAGUGAUCUAUUUCCUGGAUAGAGGUCACUCAACCGUCAUUGUGUUUGUGCCCUCCUGGCGCAAGGAGCAGCCCAGGCCUGAUGUCCCCAUCACAGGUGAGAUUCACACAUAGUUCAAAUUAGACUAGUCUCUGUUUCUGAAUAUUAAUACCUAUGUAACACCAGGGGAUUUUGAAAACACAAACUGUGUUCAUGUACAAUAUGAAACUAUCCUUUUACGGCCAGUUUCCGGGACAGAGAUUAAUCUCUCUCUUUUUAGUCCAGGUCUAUGGAAAUUCAUUUUGUGAGGUCAGCAAUACAUUAAAAUACUAGAUAGAGAAAAUCAACACAAUACAAUAAAGUACAAUACAAUACGGUAUUCAUUGUUACUGUUGCUUUAAAAUAAUGCAGGACAUUUCCUUAUCUCAUUUAUAUGUAGGAGUUUCGGUUAGUACACUCACUGCAGCUACAGUAUGUCUCCAGUCAUAUGAUGUGUUUGUAUUAUGAGACUGAGGCAAAAGGCAUUGGGAAACUCCACCGGAGGGUAUUAUUGGACAAAUGUUGAAAUACUGAAAUCAAUAAAUACUCGCUGACAUCAUACUCUAGUCUUUCUGAAAAAAAUUCUAAAUAAAUUGUCCCAAAUGUGAUUGCUUCAACCUACAUCAGCAGUGACUCUUUUCCAUGUACCUGCUGGCUAUCAGUUAUCAGUUGUUAGGAGGUGUUUGUGUUAACCUAGCGUUACCACUAACAAAGCGGACCACUGUGGACACAUCAUCACCUGGUGCCCACUGCUUGCAUGGUUCAGUGGAUUUGUCUGAGGUGGAGCAAACAAGCCAAAAGUUAGAUUUUCAAUCCCAGUAACCAGGAAUUAAAAAUAACCGCAGCAGUCAGACAGUCAGUCCUCCCUAGGAAUUGGGAAACCCCCAACCAGGAAGUGCAACUGUUUUUUUCUCACACACCUAGGUUACUAUCUGAAACUGCGUCUUUAACUGUUUCCAAUCAAGCAGUGUUACCUGAACAAUGAAAGCAUUUUUGGCACAGACAGUUUACAUUUGUGAAUGCCUUUCAGGCUUUAGUCAAUAGGAGUCAAUCAUUUUUUUCAAUAUGGAGCCCUAUGUCUCACACUUAUACAAGUCAGGGUCCAUAUUCAAGUGUAUCAGUAGGAGUGCUGUUUUAGGAAAAAAAUUAAUUAUUUUUAGGUCAUAAUGAAUAAGAUUACAUGGACAGGGGGGACCAGAUCCUCGAUCAGCACUCCUACGUUGAGACACCGUAUGAAUAUGGCCCCAGUUCUUUCCAAAGUUGAUUGCUGAACAUCGUUGCCUUUAGCUUGUCCAUUUUGUUUAUUUAAACGACCAUUUCCAUUGUCCAUUUUCACUGUGUACACACAGGUGCAUUUAUUCAACAUUCAUUUUGAAUGUAUUUGUCAAUGCUUUAAUUUAGUCUGCUGGGAGGUUUGCGUGUUAUAUGAUAUUGGGGAGGUAGGUUGUGAAGUUUGAACAGCUUAUGUAAUAAUUAACCAGUCAUGUAAUAUUUGUUGUAAAUGAUUGAUGGUUUUGUGGUCUGUAUGUUUUGUCUCAGGGAUUUUUUUCUCCACCAUUGAUGGAUUUGUGUUUUGAGUGUCCCCUGUUUGAUUUGCAGACUAUACCAUAUUUGAUUGAAGCAAUGUUAUGCAACCCUUUAUUAUUGUCAGGCGUCAUGUGUAGCGGUAGGACGGAGUCAGGCGCAGGACACAGAGCUAGUAGACAACGUACUUUACUAGUGAAAAUAAAUGAACAUAAUCUCCACGCAGGGAGGACAAAUAUCGUUCACCAGUCGAUGACACCAAACAUAGAACAAACACGCACACAAUACAGUGGGAGCCAGAGGGUUAAAUAGGGAACCAGGUGUGUACAAUAAAGACAAAACAAGUAGAACAAAGAAACAUAGAUCGGUGGCAGCUAGUACUCCGGUGACGACGAACGCCGAAGCCUGCCAGAGCAAGGAGGAGGGGCAGCCUCGGCUGAAUCCGUGACAAUUAUCAUAGUGUCACCUGGCUUGUUUAUCAUGCAAAGGUAUAGAAUACGUGGUAUAUCUAACUAUGUUUUGAAUUAUUAGUCAUGUUAAUGUGUACUAAGAAGACAUUAACAGGUAAGGCAGUGGAAUAAUCUGUGUCAAAAACAGAAUUCCUAUAUGAUGAAAGACCAAACAUAAAGCGAACCAUCUCUGCUACUCACAUCACCAACAACAGCAUUCACCUUGUUAAACCAUUCUGGGCCCGUAUUCAUAAAGCAUCUCACAGUCUGAUCUAGGAUCAGGUCCCCGCCCUGUCCAUGUAAUCUUAUUCAUUAUUAUCUAUAAGGCAAAACUGGUCCUAGAUCAGCACUCCUACUCUGAGAAGCUUUAUGAAUACAGGCCCUGGACUGGGCCAUAAUAAAACACUUGGUGAAACAUCUGCACAUUUAUUUCCAGACCAACACAUUCUAGUGGAGCUGGAGAAGAAGAAGAUAGUUGUCUUCACUCCCUCGAGACGCGUCGGUGGUAAACGGGUGGUCUGCUACGAUGACCGUUUUAUUGUGAAGCUGGCCUACGAGUCGGACGGUGUGAUCGUGUCCAACGACACCUAUAGGGACCUCCAGGGAGAGCGUCCGGAGUGGAAGCGCUGUAUCGAGGAGAGGCUGCUCAUGUACUCUUUCGUCAAUGACAAGUGAGUGCUGGGAAUGUUGUUUUGUUUUUUUGGGGGGGAUAGAUAGAGAGAAGAUACAAUGGUGAAGAGGCCAUAUAUGUGGUAUGGGGGGUUUCAGCAGGUAACAUCUGUCAUAAAUACUGAUUUUGGACAGAAACAUGAGAUAUAUACAGUGGGGGAAAAAAGUAUUUAGUCAGCCACCAAUUGUGCAAGUUCUCCCACUUAAAAAGAUGAGAGAGGCCUGUAAUUUUCAUCAUAGGUACACGUCAACUAUGACAGACAAAAUGAGGGAAAAAAAUCCAGAAAAUCACAUUGUAGGAUUUUUUAUGAAUUUAUUUGCAAAUUAAGGUGGAAAAUAAGAAUUUGGUCAAUAACAAAAGUUUCUCAAUACUUUGUUAUAUACCCUUUGUUGGCAAUGACACAGGUCAAACGUUUUCUGUAAGUCUUAUUUUGGCCCAUUCCUCCAUGCAGAUCUCCUCUAGAGCAGUGAUGUUUUGGGGCUGUCGCUGGGCAACACGGACUUUCAACUCCCUCCAAAGAUUUUCUAUGGGGUUGAGAUCUGGAGACUGGCUAGGCCACUCCAGGACCUUGAAAUGCUUCUUACGAAGCCACUCCUUCGUUGCCCGGGCGGUGUGUUUGGGAUCAUUGUCAUGCUGAAAGACCCAGCCACGUUUCAUUUUCAAUGCCCUUGCUGAUGGAAGGAGGUUUUCACUCAAAAUAUCACGAUACAUGGCCCCAUUCAUUCUUUCCUUUACACGGAUCAGUCGUCCUGGUCCCUUUGCAGAAAAACAACCCCAAAGCAUGAUGUUUCCACCCCCAUGCUUCACAGUAGGUAUGGUGUUCUUUGGAUGCAACUCAGCAUUCUUUGUCCUCCAGACACGACGAGUUGAGUUUUUACCAAAAAGUUAUAUUUUGGUUUCAUCUGACCAUAUGACAUUCUCCCAAUCCUCUUCUGGAUCAUCCAAAUGCACUCUAGCAAACUUCAGACGGGCCUGGACAUGUACUGGCUUAAGCAGGGGGACACGUCUGGCACUGCAGGAUUUCAGUCCCUGGCGGCGUAGUGUGUUACUGAUGGUAGGCUUUGUUACUUUGGUCCCAGCUCUCUGCAGGUCAUUCACUAGGUCCCCCCGUGUGGUUCUGGGAUUUCUGCUCACCGUUCUUGUGAUCAUUUUGACCCCACGGGGUGAGAUCUUGCGUGGAGCCCCAGAUCGAGGGAGAUUAUCAGUGGUCUUGUAUGUCUUCCAUUUCCUAAUAAUUGCUCCCACAGUUGAUUUCUUCAAACCAAGCUGCUUACCUAUUGCAGAUUCAGUCUUCCCAUCCUGGUGCAGGUCUACAAUUUUGUUUCUGGUGUCCUUUGACAGCUCUUUGGUCAUGGCCAUAGUGGAGUUUGGAGUGUGACUGUUUGAGGUUGUGGACAGGUGUCUUUUAUACUGAUAACAAGUUCAAACAGGUGCCAUUAAUACAGGUAACGAGUGGAGGACAGAGGAGCCUCUUAAAGAAGAAGUUACAGGUCUGUGAGAGCCAGAAAUCUUGCUUGUUUGUAGGUGACCAAAUACUUAUUUUCCACCAUAAUUUGCAAAUAAAUUCAUUAAAAAUCCUACAAUGUGAUUUUCUGGAAAAAAAUUCUCAAUUUGUCAGUCAUAGUUGACGUGUACCUAUGAUGAAAAUUACAGGCCUCUCUCAUCUUUUUAAGUGGGAGAACUUGCACAAUUGGUGGCUGACUAAAUACUUUUUUCCCCCACUGUAUAUACAGGUUUUGAACUCUUCAAAAAAGAAAAUAUUAAUCAUGCAUUGAUGUCAAGGGUAGAUAUGUACAACAAUUUUAGUAAUGCACAUAGUUCUUUAGUCAGGAUUCAGAAAUAGCGAGCAACUUGGUUCCGAAAAGCAGAUUUGACCUUUAGAGAGAUACUGUAGUAGUGUAAUAUACUGUAAGGACAUGGUCACCAACUGGUCGAUCUCCAAGGCAUUCCUAGUCGAUCGCCAAAAAUUUCUUUAAAAAAAACUACGAUAAAGCCUUGUGUUCCUAUUUUUUUUAUUCAUCUCGCACUGUUGGUGGUAGGUGCACCCGAUUCAGCUGCACUGCGUGCCAGGUAGGUGAAGUGUUCCAUUUUAAACCAUUUCAUGUGUCUGAAGGUACAAACUCUGCCUUCCCAGCGGGCCCGGAGAGUAAAUCAAGUGCACUAUAGGCCUACCGCUGGCCAAUCGUAUGGCUCAGAUUACCGUGUCUGCAGUAACGUAGCAGGCACAAAAGAAAGCUACAGCAAAGUUGAUAUUUUGAGAUUUCAGAACUUUUAAAACAAUGACUCAAUGAAUACAGCAAAGAGCUGCAGUUUUUUUUGGUGUGUUCAUGUUUAAGUUCUUACUAAGCACUGUCAACACUUUUUAUUCAACACUUUUAUAAGCCAUAAAAUGCACGUUCAUCCUACUUCCACUCGCGCUACAACCAGCACUGCAGCUGUAAUGAAUGAGUAGGAAAGUGUAUCGAUAGGCUUGUGUGGUUAUUAUUAGCGGCUUGGGUCUUUUUUAAUAUAGAGGAAUAUUUCACUUUCUCCAUUCAUAGGAGUAACAACAUGAAUUUGUGCAUGAGGCAGAAAUAAUGCAGUGCGACUCGAGUUUUACCAUCAGCUGGAAGACAGUGUCCCUUUUUGGUCAGUGUCAGCGGAGGAAAGGGAGAGCGGGGGGGCAUUGAGAGGCGACCCUCAGUCUGCUGCUCUCUCUGUCCACUGAGACUGACCAUCAGAUGCAGGCACCGUCAGCCCAGUAAAAUAAAAAUAAAAAGCAAAUUAUUUCAGUGUAGCUUAUUCAGCUGUGCCUCACAAGUAAUACAACUGAUCUAUUACCGGUGUGAUCGUAUAGCCUACCUAAAAUGUAUAAAAAUGGUGCGAACAACAAUCCAUUGGCAGGACAAUUCAAGCAAAGCCAAUAUGCAGUGAUAAUGAAUUGGGCCUAUAGCCUACUGCACAAACCUCAUUGUUACAGUACUGUUUUUAAUAGGUUAACGUAUAUCUCAGCUUGCAUUUUGACUCAGAAAGUGAUCUUGACUCAGAAAAGGUUGGUGACCACUCCUGUAAGGUUAGAGGAUGAUGAAUGAGACAACAUGUAUUCGUGUAAUUAUUUCAGAUAUGAAAAGCAAACAUUCCCUCUGACUGCACCAUGUUUUAUUGUUCUUAUCAAUCAGAUUAGAUCCUCUAUCACUUCUCUGCCUGUAUGGUUUUCUGAUCAGUAUUACCCAUUUCCGGCCCAGAUUCAUGCCUCCAGAUGACCCGCUUGGUCGUCAUGGUCCCAGUCUGGAGAACUUCCUGAGGAAGAAGCCUCUGCUGCCAGAACACAAGCGCCAACUCUGUCCUUAUGGUAAGAUCUCAAUCAUAGAGAUAUAUAUGUGAGAUACCAUAGGGUUCUAAUUCUAUUGUCUGAACACUGAAGCUUAGUUUAAAACCUGUCUUGUUGAAGCAGAAGAGAAACUAAGUACUAAUCUAGGAUCAGGUCCCCCAUUAGGCAUAACUGAUUUUAUAUCAGCACUUCUAAUCUGAGAUUCUUUGUGAAGAGCCCACAUACUUUGUUCUGUAGAAUUGUAGGGUUAACAGUAUUAUUUUAGUUGAUUUUAGACUAGAUAGUAAUACUGUAAUAACUUUAAUGUUUAGUAACUGUCAUUUAUGUUUUCUAUUUCAGGUCAAAAGUGCACCUACGGCGUAAAGUGUAAGUUUUACCACCCAGAGCGCACUCACCAAUCCCACUGCUCGUUGGCUGACGAGCUCAGGGAGAAGGCCAGGCUCUCCUCGGUAAAAGAGGACCGGAAUCCCAUGAUGUCACACCUGAGGGGCCCCAAGUCCGACCCUGGCCCCUUUCCCUCCUAUUCUUUGGAGAACGACCUGGAGCACAGGCUGACAUUGGAGCACCGCGGUUCCCUGAGGGAGGGUCCCAAGAGCCAAGUAACUGAGAACAUGUUGCUGUACUGGGAUGGGCCACGCUCCAGUAGGAACCAGCAGGCCCGCAGCCCCACAGCAGUAGGCCAAGGACAGAUGGACUGGCCCAGUAUGCCCAAUAUGCCCAGUAUGCUCCCCCCCUCCACUACUAGUGACCUCCCCUAUGCCAGCAUCUCCCAUGAGCGCUUGGACUCUGGUUUUGGCUCCUAUGAGAGCCAGAGCCAGUACUCGGAUGUGUCCCAAGGCCACAGCAAGGCCUUCAGGCCCAGGCAGCAGCAGCAACAGCAGGGCUUCCCCUCUGGUUCCAGACAUCCAGGCAUGCAUCCAGAGAGGCUGGCCCAGGACAGCCCCCGGUCCUGCAGGUGUUGUUUCAAUUUGGCUCCCUCCACAGGUCCCCAGCAGCAGCACCACAGCAACCCACUACAGACCCAUUCCCAAUCCCAGCCAAGGUAUGACACCUACUCGCCCCCUCUGUUCCCACCCAACAUGCACCACCAGCACCACUACAGCCUCCCCUGCAACUUCCAGCAAGGCGGGGUGGGGGAACAUCAUUUCCACCACCAUCAGCACCCCCAGAAGUACUGGUCAGACCCCUUCCAUGGCGGGGUCCCCCAGGCUAGGGCGUCCUGUAGCCUCCCCCCCGGCCCCCACCUCCAUCACCCCCCUACCCCGCACAAGGCCCCCCACUCAUGCUCCUCUUACGGGGAUCAGCAGGAACACCACUCCUGGGCCCAGCCACCUCCACCUUCUGUCUUUGACCCAGAGAGAGAGGAGCUCCGUAAGAAACUGCAGGCCAUCUUCAACCCCCACCAGGUGGAUUCGGUCAUGGGGAUGUUCCCUCACCUGAUGGACGCCCAGAAGCUGGCUGCAGAGAUCCUCAACCUCAAAUCUCAGGGAGGGGCCUUCUGAUGCCUCUAAGCAUCUUCUCUAAGGGGCUGCUUCAGGGUUGAGAUAAGCUUGCACAACUUGAACUUCCACGUAAAUCGUUCAUUGAGGUCAAUGGGAUACUUGUGUGAAAAGGAGCCUUGGGUAAUUCAUCUCGUGUGCUUUUCGUUUGUAAUUUACUGUAACAUUUUGAACUGUUUGAAAGUGAAAGAGCAACAUUUUUGUUGUUGUUGAGGUUGUCCUUCCUUAGCAGUCAUGUGCAUGUCAUAGCUUAUGUUAAAUCCAUGACGGGUAGUGUGUGCACAGUUUGGGAGAAGUGUGGAGAAUCGGGAUGAAUCCCCUGUCGUGUUGUUUAACUGGAUUAUUUUAAUUUUGAUUUAUUGAAAGUUGUAUACAUUUAUGACAGUGUAGCCAAAUCUUGAUCUGGGAUGAACUUGAAAGUUGCCUCUAGACUCAGUACCAUGGCAAAAGUGAAUCUAGAGUGUUUGACUGUUGAUGCAUAUUGUAUCAUUUGGGAUAUACUGUAUGUGAUCUCUCAUUUGUCUGAAAUUCAGCUCUCAUGCAAUAAGAAAUAAUUAUUGUCUAAAAUAAUGUCCUUAUCUAAAAGGGUGGCCAUAAUGUAUUUCCUGUCUCAUAGACAAAUAUUCAAUAUUCCAUCUCUUUAUGCAGUGUGGAAUGCAAUGGUAUACCUUUUUCAAUGUAAAUUAUAAAGCUACACCCAAAGAGCCCCAAACACUGUACAGUAUCCUUCUAACCAAGAGUAUCAGUGGAAGAAGCUGCCAAAGAAACUUAAUGAAAGUUGGAAAAGCACUUUGUCAUUGAUCCAAAUAUUGUAAUUCCCCCAUAGAUCAGAAUGUGAUCUAAUAGGGUGACGUUCUCAGCAAGAUAAUGUAUAAUGUAACAUAGUGAUAAAACGAUUGUAUAUCUAUAAAUAUAUGUGUACUGUAAUAUGUACACUAUGGCCUGUGAGGGUCUCUUGUAUCACCAAAGACUGGGUAAAUCCAGUAGUAAAGUAACUGUCCAGUGUUUCCCGAUUUCUAUGAAAUAUGACCUACAAUGAAUUACAGUACAGUAUGAGUGAAAUAGUUUUCCUUCCUAAAUGUUUCAAUUAAGUAUGUUAAAAAGCAGCUUUUCUGUGUUGGAAUGGUGUGGGUGUUCCCCAACAACAGAGUGGUGUGGGCGUAUACCGGUUAUUAAA